AUGUCUUCGGAAACUGACAGCACCUGUUCUGAUUAUGGAGUUUCGGAUAUGGGAGAAGGUAUCAUGAACAUAGUUCGUCCAGCUAUUCAUCAGCUAGAUGCUCAAGUAGAAGCAACUAAGCAAAGUCAGAGUGUACUUGCUUCUACUAUAGAAGAGUUGGCCGAUCUUCUACGUGAUAUCAGUCAAGAACAGCCUUCCGAUCUCGAUGUUUUCGUGAAGAAACUGGAUGAUAGUCGACGAAGAGUAGCAUACUCUGGGAAAGUUUUGGAAAGCGUUCAGGAGAGAAUCACCAGACUUCAGAGAGAUGUCUCGCGAAAAUCUCAUAUGGGAUCAGAUGUAAACCCUCCUUUAAGAGCCAAUGAUAAGCCGUAUACCUUCCCACCUUUCCAUGGUGGAGAUCAUCCCCAGAUCCUUCACUCUAUCCAGGGGUACAACUCUGAUGCAGAGUGUCGAAGUCCUUCAAAUUCAGCAACUGUCUUCGUUGAAUUUUCUGAGAAUAUUCUUGAAGAUUAUUCAGAUGGCGCUCGAACCCCUUUGAAAUCAUCCUGUGCUCCUUGCAAGAGUGGAACACGGUUUUCUUAUGCUCCUCUGGCGCGAGAUCAAGAUUUGGAUGAGCUGGCAGUUGGCGAUAUCAGGGAUAUCGUUGUUGGAGGAUAUCGAUGUGUGAAUAAUUCGAACUUGUGUGUUGAAGCCACCGAUGGAACCUACUACCGCGCGAACUCUGAUAGCGUAGUCAUUUGGCCAGUACCCUUCUUGAAAAAUAAGAAACCUGUGAUGUUAGCCAUUUUGGACCCUACCGAGUCUUUGAGAGAACUCAUCGGAAACAGAAUCGAAUUCGGUCGCGAUCAGAUACAGAGCUGGGCUCCAAUGACAUACAAAAAAGGACAUGAUUAUACUUACAUAGAGAUUGAAGGUAUAUCUUGUAACUCAUGUAAUGGAGCAAUGAAUCAUUGUCCUUUACUCUCCGCACCUCCCAAGAAGCAGCUGAGAUUGAAUGACUGGAGAGUAGCAGGUGCCAAUAUAAGACCUCCAGGAGAAGCACCCGUUGCUCCAGUAGUUCCACCAGUGAUAGAGAGGACGGGAUAUAGUUAUAACGGACCAGAAACAUAUUCUUCGGAUACUUAUGGCAAGCCUCAAACAUCUGUUACAGAAGAGCCUUAUUCGAACUUAGGCUACGAAGAAAACAGUGUGUAUGUACAGCCGGACGGAAUGAAUCCUUACUUAGAUCCUAACUUCGAGAAAAACCAAGAAACUUCCACACAAAGUAAUACAGAAAAAGAAAUGGAGCGUGAAUCAGAUACUGGAAAGGCUCUCAGAUAUUCGGUUUUCCGUUCUUCUCCAGCACCAAUCCCUCUACGAGCAAGUUCUCAAGAUCGUGACGAUGGAAGAGAAAUUGAGAUCCUGGAUCGGCAGGUAAUCGAGAAUGGACCCAUUAAUCCGACGAGAAAUGAAAUAAGAAGAGCUCCAUUGCCUAAUCCAAGUUUCAAAAUGAUGGAACCAAUUUCUGUUCAAUUCCCUCAAACAACACCUGCUCCCUUAACUCUGGCUACCGUGCCGGUUCAGUUUGUACCAUUUAAUCGUGAACGGCAAAAUUUUGCACUCCCUCAAACGAACCCUGUCAUUCCUCGAGUCCAGUCAGCUUUCACUUCAACCUCUGAAUCGACUACAGCACAGCCACCCCGAGCUGUCACUCUUGGCCAAGCAUCUAGAGUUGAAUCAAAUUCCAUGCCCACUUUCCCACCAGUCCUCCCCCAAGUUAUGCCUAGUUUUAUCCCCACUUUUUCACCAUUUUUCUCUCCUGCUCCCACACUUGCCCCUUUCAUUGCUCCGGGAAAUAAUAUUCCACCAGUGUUCUCACCCCAGCAACAUCAGGAAAUUCCACAAACGUCUACCACCCCAGCAAGGGUUGUAACUUCUACUAGCACCUUCUCUCCUGCACCUCUUUUCACUAAUAGAUUCCCAAGUCACCUGAGCGCAGAUUCACAAGUUAUCUCAAGUACUUUCGUUCCACCAACGACUGUACCAACUACUGAGAAGAUCCCAGAAACUAUUCCAACAACAAUGGCUCGAUUCAUAGAAACGACCACAGCUCCUGUGUCUACGACUGUCUUCACUACGCGAAGAUUCAUUUUCCCAGUUAGACGAGAAGAAACACAGUUUAAUGUCCAACCUACUCGAACUUUCACCAAAGUAGAUCGCUUAGAACUAUCUCCAACGGUUCCUCCUACCCGCACUUUUGCUCCGUUAGCUCAAGAACCAUCUGACCCUUCAAAGUUGUUUAUGUUUGAGCAGUUAAGGCAGAACAUUGGUCUGAUCAAUCAAAAUAUUCCACCUCAAAUGCCAACCUUGCCACCUCAGCGAUUCGUCAAUAUACCCAACACUAAUGUCCCAAUGAACAUUCCUAUGAUGGACCGAAAUCCUAACUCUUUCCUUCCACCACAAAACGCUCAAGAUUUCGGUAUGAGUUUUGUUCCACAGGGUCCUCGUUUCCCCGAGCUACUUAGCCCUGUAGAGCAAUCUCUGUUGAUAAACUCAAUAAUCCCCCAAAACAUGAACGGUCCAAUGUUAUUUGAUCGUGGGCAGGUACAACCAAGAGAAUUAUCUGGACCUGCUGGGCCACCAGGACUUUCUAGUUUCUUCGUUCCAUCUCAAAUUCAAGAUGCUAACAUGAUGCCAAGAAGGCCCUUCUUCCCUAUGAGAUCUAUGGAACAACCCCAAUUCACUACUCACUUCUUUUCUCCAACACCGCCUUCUACCACAGCUACCACAACAACAACAAUGACAACAACUGAAGCUCCAACAACUACCGAGGCAUCUACUACACCAUUUGAGUUCAAAAUAAUGGAACCUCAGCCAUUAAUUGGGGGACCAGUGCCUCCACCGAAGGAGACUGCAUUCGAACAGAAAGAGGUUCAACUAGAAACAUUAUCGAAGGAUAGUCCACCUAGCCAAGUUCCGACUUGGCAGUGGUUGAUGGAUCAUCCAGCUAGAAUGAGAGCUCUAUUGCGUCGACGAAAGAUGUUAUUGUAA